AUGGAAGACUUCCUCUUCAGCGGGGAGGCGCCGCCGGCUGCUAGCUCGGAGCGCUUGGUCGGCAGCAUCAGCAACGUGCUCAACAGCGUGGAGAAGCUAGAUGCGAACUACAAGAGCAAGAUGCGGUGCCUUAGCCCGGCCGUCAACCCCGCCGCGCUCCCCCUCCUACAGCAGCUGUUGGACACACAACUCAGCAACGGUGACACCUACACAUGUGGAGCCUGUGGAUAUCUAUCGGCGAUAGAUGACAAAGUCUGCCCUAGAUGCAAAUGUUAUAUGCGCAGGGCUAUGACGGUCGCCGCCGGAAAAAACGGGACCACGCCGGUACCUGUGGGCAUGUACACUGUCGGGGAUGACCUGUCCGUGACUUCGGCCUCUUUUUUCGCGACGAUCUCGCUGUUGGGCAUCAAGGAUCUCAGCGCCUUGCAGGAAAAGACAGUGAAGAUCGGCAAGGAAGAGGCACUAGAGAUAUUUGCUGCUUCCCUCAAGUCCAAGACCGUCCUGUCGGAUGUCUUUCUACCGAAGAAGAAUGCUCGCCUCAAGAGAGAACAUCCCGAGGGAGUCAUUCACAUAUGA